AUAAGCAUGAUACGACUGCGUAAAAAAACUGCGUUUAAAGAUCCACAGGGCUCUGUUGUCCGGUCGCCAUAGCAACCGCGCGCAGAGCGGCGGAGUAACGCGGCGCUUACGGGGGCGGAAUCGUAGUUUGUGUAAAUUAGGAAAAAGUUAAGAUCUGAGUCUUCCUACGUUAAUGGUUAGGUUUCUCUCUUAGUUGAAACAUGUCAGCUUUUCUCUGAAGCGCACGCGUCAUUUUGGUUCCGACUACUAGCCUUUUUAAUCCGGGCUGGUUUUUCAACUGUCACGUAUUUAGGACAAGGUGAAGAUGUCGUAUGCUCCAGCUGGAAAUAUCAUAAAAAGUAUUAUUCGCGAAGUUGUCAAAGAAUGCCUUGCCAAGGGCCAAACCGUAUCAGAAACUUUAGCUACAUUUAUGGUAAAAGCUGUUGUUUUAGAUCCACAAAAUCAAUUCAACGUUGACCGGACUAUUACAAAGCAAGAUGUCCAAGAAGUAAUCGAGAGAUGCGUGCAGCGGCUUGUGGACCGGCAAAGCCCCUCUGUGGACACCAUCAAAAUGCAGGCUUAUUUUGACAUGCAUUACACCUCCCGACAGGAGUACCUGAAAGAGCACAGGCGCGCGCUGCAGGCUGAGCUGAUCCCGGUCACUCGCGAGAUCACUGACAGCCGAGCGAAGUCCCGUGACGAGCUGGAAACCGUUUACGGCAAGAUCGUCAGCUAUGUCCUGCUCCGCUCCAGAAUGGGCUCCGCUACGGACAUCAGCACUGUGCGAGAGGCCGCAGCCGCCCUGCGCAGCGUCUUCCCCCAGCCUGAGCUGGGCGUCUUCAUACCCCUCAGCAGGAAGGACAAGGAGCAGCAGCUGGAGGAGCUCAGCAUGCUUGUCACCGGGAUCCGACUCUUCAACAGGGACAGGAAAAAAGGAGGAAGCACUAUCGAUGACUUGCCGGCCAUCUUGAAUGAGUCCAUCUCCACCAGCAUCAAGCACAUUAAAUUCGAAACUGGUGCAUCUCAGAACCUGUCUUACCAGUACAUAGCUCUGCUGGAGGGUUUGCAGGCCGCUGAGAUCGCUCUCAAGGAUGGCACUGUGCCACCUGAAUUUCUGAAGGAAGCGCUGUACAAUGCUCGACAACACGAGGCCUUCUUGGGACUCAUUUUGGCGGAUGUUAGGGUGUGUGAAGAGCAAACACAAUCGCUGCAGUCAGAGCUGCACGCGCAGAUGGACGAGCUGAAGAUCAUUGUCCACUCAAAGACUGCAGUUCCCACAGCCCAGGUUUUCCCCCAUUUCACCGCUCUGGCAAAGCUGUGGUCAGGACUUCAAGAUGAGAUGUACCUGCUGAGUAUUCUCAACAGCAUGGUGGCCGACCUUCAGCCCUUCCUGGGUGCUCAAUCAUGGCAACUACCAAAGGAUCAGCUGGAGAUCUUUCUGGAGGGUGUGGAGGUGAAGACUGAUGAGCAGAGAAUGAAAGAAUCUGCAGACAAUCGCAUUGACCCAUCCGAGUUCAAAAAUCAAGAGUGGUUCUUCCCAGAGACUACAGUUAAUGCGGAUACACUUCCUUUUCAGUACAAGGGAAUGUGUGCGAAUGCACUUAUAAAAUAUGGUCUUCUUUUGCCAGGUAACCCCGCGGUCGGCAUCCUGAAACACAGGAAUAAAUAUCACGUCUUCAGCUCCAAGAAGGCAGCCUGUCAGUUUGCCUCCAACCCAGAUGAGAGCAUCGAGUUGGUAGCUGAGCAAGCAAAAUCCUCUCCAGAGCUAAUUCAGCUGCUAGAACUCCACCUGCAGUUCUCUUCUGUCACUCCAUAUUCAGAGAUGCAGCUGGGGAGGAAGCACCUGACACAGCCUGUCGCUAAGUGUGACGGUGAUACACAGACGGACACCCACCCAGUAGAGAGCAACAUUGUGAAGUCCUACAAAUGGAACGAAUGGGAACUCAGGAGACAAGCAAUCAAACUGGUGUGUGUCUGUUUUACGGUAUGAGGGUGAUGAUACAUGGGACAACUUUUCGAGCAAUGUUGCUGGGCAACUACCAGCCAGGUGAGACAAAGGGCCACUCCUCUGGAUCCAGAUGAUCACGAAAAGUAGCCCACUGCCAAUCAAAGUUUUUCAAAACUGAAAGUGCCCAAGCAACAUUGCCCA